UCAUUUCCGGCAGCGUUUGACCCGCUCCCGCCCGCCCGCCAGAGAGUUUGACAAGUAGAGCCAGCAGCAGCAGUAAACAUGGAGCCGGAGGACGAAGUACACAUCAAACUGUUUGUGAGCCGUCAACUGAGGGACGCGCCAGACCUCAGUACCCUGACUUUAGGCAUUUUAAAGCAGCGGUAUUUGGCAUCUGUGGACCGUGACUCCUUAAGUCCAGAGGCCAAGAAACUUAUGAAAAAGGUGCUUAUAGAGGAACUGAUGAAAAUGCAGGACAGUGGCAAAGAUGGCAGUGAGUCAGAGACUCCAGCUGUGAUGCCACACCAAAAAAAGAGGAAGAGGGAAAAGGACACUGAGCCCCUGAGCAGUGGAGGAGAGGCUGAUGACAAUGAAUCCAAGGCAAAGAAAUUGCGUCAUCAAUCAAAUUCAUCAGAAGAGGAUGAAAAACAGGACCACAAAACAGGAAGUGAGGAGAAUGGAGAUGAAGAACAAAUAAACAAAGUUGGAGAUGAUGAGCAAAAGGUGAGAGGAUCACAGGAAAACAAAAAUGGAGACAGUGAAGAAGAGAAUAACAGUGAAGAUGAGAAAUCAGAAGAGGAAAUGAAAGAAUCCAAAAAAAGCAAAAAAGGUAAAGUAUUUUCAGACAGUAGUUCUGAUGAUGACCAAAAACAAAGUGUAGAAAAAACCAAAAAGAACAGAGUGAAAAAAGGCCAGAAUGCCAGCAAGGGAGAGAAAACUUCAUCACAGCAAGAUGGAGACGCUGAAGUCAACACUGAAGGAAGCAGCAGUGAGUCCUCAGAAGAUGAUGAUGAAAAAGGUGAAGGGAAGGAAGAGAUGGAGAAGAAAAAUGACGAGGAUUCAUCAUCACUCCAGUCUCUGGAAGAUGAACAGGAGAAUGGGACAGAAAAACCACAAACUGGCAAAAAGAAGAAAUCCACAAAAACAGAGGACAGGAAAAAUAUCCCUAAAGAAAAUAAGGAUGACAAUAAAGCUGUGGUGAGGCUGAAGCGCUACAUCUACCUCUGCGGUGUGAGGCGGAAUUUCAGCAAGCUCCUCGGUGGCUGUCGCUCUGUUCGCGCGAUGGUGAACACUCUGAAGAAGGAGCUCGAAGACCUCGGCGUGCAAGGUGCUCCAUCUAUUAAGAAAUGCAAAGAGGUCCGACGUCUGAGGGAAGAAGCUAAAGAAAUAGCUGAGCUUGAUGUCGGAAACAUCAUUUCCACACAAGGUCGACCUAAACGAAGAGCAGCGUUAGCGUGGCAGGGACAGCGUGUGCCUGAGUCCUCUCCGUAUCAGCGCACGUUGAACUCUUCCUGCAGCGACGAGGACAGCCACACAGGCCGAGGGGGCAGACGAGCAGCAGACUGGAGCAACCUGCAGGGCAUCAUCAGCGAUGAAGACAGCGACUGACAGGGACACUCGAGUACCGAUGUUCCACCUGGACUCUGACAUUCCUUGACCUUUUGUAAAUGUUACCGUGAUAUUGAAGGACAGACUUACAAACCUUUUAAUAACAUGGCCUGAGAACACACGGUGCACUUCAUUUACAUGGCUUUACUGAUAAGAACUAGUUUUGUUAAUCGUUGUCAAUUUCUUAAAUUUUUCUAAUAAAAGAGAUUUAUAUGAA